ACAACUUCUAGGUGCCGUCGUACCACGGCAAGCAGUCAAGACUUCAAGACUACAGCAAACCACCCUCGACGAUAUGCAAACCGGCCCAGCAUGCCUAAGUAGGUAGACGGGUCUGUCUAUCCUGCCCAGCUCACACCGCCACCGAGCUGCCCUUCACAGGUGCUGUCGUGUCUCAACUUUGUGCCUGACUAAGUCAACGGAGCAUCUUGUAUCAGGCCACCCUCUGCCAUCGUUGAAGAUGUUGCAGGGGCGGUGCUGUGAUAUUUGACUCGGAAGACGGCCAGGUUGGGCUCCCACGGAUAAGCUCACCAGGUUCGCUCUGGGGCCAUACCAUCACGGGCCACUUGUUUGUGUUUGUGCCAUCCGCAAGGCCCAAAAACUCCAAGUGGAGUGCAUCAUCACCAGGUCAUCAUGGACUACUUGCUUGCCUUUUCCUUCUUCACUCGUUACAACCAUGUCUUGGACACAAUUUUGCCUGGGCAGCAGAAAUCGCGACUUCUGUUCUUUCACUAGUGGAGACCCCGCCAACUGUGUGGUGGUACCUUUAUUUUCCGCAUUCAGGUUCUCUGUUUCCUGAGCCAGGCUUCCCAUUGUCCCCAAGUGCCCCCUCCCCAAGCACACCUUCGUCGCCCCAGGAAGCUCAGAUGGCUCUCCUGAAUACUUUCAGCCCCCCACCGGAAUUGUCGUGUCCUGUUCCUUUGUUCUGUGCGAAACCGGCCACCGGGCGGGCCACAUCCUCCCACAGGUUUCAAGCUUCAAGGGGACAAAGCCAAGGAGGUGCCCACCAAACCGUCGAUCCACCAUCAUAAAAGGCAUCCGACAGCUUUGCUUGCCGCCCUCUGAGGACGGGACAUGUCGUAGCCUAACGACACUCGGCACUCCCUCACGUUGACACACCCACUGCCGCCAACCUGGAAGCUGAGUAGAUAGGGCACAGAACGGGAGACGCGACAAGAAACGUCGCCGGCUCUCAAGAACAAGACAUCAUGUCCGGCACUCAGGUCAUCACACGCACUCGUGUGAACGCCGCUCCAGGCGCACCAGCACCUGGUGGUGUUCCCAACGGUGCUCCCCCUGUGCCCGCCAACCCGGACCCCGAGGACCCAGUGGACUACACCAACAGACCCAAUGCCCCUCCAACGACUGCUGAAGCCGUCCCCAGUGCACAAUGGGCCAGAUGGCGACUGUACAAACAGCGGCCCGACAUUCAAGACAAAUUCCCAAGGUCUUUCCCGGACGUAAGCAGGCACCUGCAUGGCAGGCUUACGGCGCAGAUUAGAGACGCUGCCCGCCAGAACCCUGCCCCGCCUAGAUUUACGGAGCGUUCCAUAGACGAGUUGAAGGGUUCUGGGAACGACAAAUACCAGCCGACACAACUGGGGUUUGCCCCUUUGACUCAAUUUUACGACGAGGCCGACCGCCAAAACUCCAGACUUUCCCCCCGGCAGCGUCUCGAUAGUGGUGAGGAUGGGGACAGGAUUCCUUCCCUAUGGUUUGAAAGAAUGUCGCAGGACCUAUUUGCGCGCGUGUGGGAUUUUUGUUCCGAAACCUUCGGCGCGGACAAUAUCGAAGAGGAUGACCUCAUCAGGAAAUUGAACUCACGAGACUGGACAGCCGAUUGGUUAGACAAGUUACCUCGCGAGUUUAUAGUCCUUGCAUCACAGGUCGCAAGAGGCGACAUGACAAUUGUGAAGGACCCUAAGCCGGAAGACCCGAACAACUGGGAGUUCAUGUUUCUGGACAAGAUGUCUCGGGUCAAGCUCGUGGUCGGCGUGAUCGCCAAGCUGCUUGAAAACAAUGUGUUCAACUCUCUUCUGGUCGGAGCCACCGAAGCACAGAAGGCUGCCCUGGAUGCGGAUGAUAAAGCAAGAGCCUUUCUGGACAACUCAUACCAGAGGAACCGGACUCGCGCGGAGACUGUGAGGAACUACAUUCAAUCGAAUCGGGCACCUCUGGGCAUAGGCCUUACGGAUCUCUUCACCGACUACUUCUGGAACGAGGUUGAAGGUAUCACGAUGGGAAUCCUAGAUAUCCUGCUUCCCCUGAUAAACCUUCUUGGCCGUGACAUGCCAGACUCCCCUUGGCCGCCGUUGAGACAAGUCCACCAGCGGCUCCACGAUAUCGUCGCGGAGGCCGCCUAUUUUACCAACGGCACGCGGGCUUCCAGAUCGGUCUUUUGGAUCCAAUUCCCCCUGCCAGGCGAGAUGAAUGACAUUUCACAUGAGCAUGCUAUUGACGACAUCUGGAAGCGGUCCAAGAGAAAGGCUCUCGAGUACGAUAACGCCGAAUCAGUGAAGUGGGAGACAACGAGGGACGCGGAACUCGCUGAGCAAUACCCAGGCCAGCCUAUAACACAGGAACACCUGACAGAAUAUGAGACACGGAAUCCUCGCCCCUUUGUUCGCCGCGCUGCCAAGGUCCAAAUCGCCAUGUGGCCCUUCGUCAAACGCUACACUCCCAUGCGCGAGAGGGACGCGGGCGAUGGUGCUUACAACUCGGGCGAAGCCAUCACGCAGAUCAUCAAAGCACAGACCGUCUAUUACUACGGCGACGACUCAGAUGCCGUUGACCUAAAAGAGCGUGUGACACUGAGCGAUCAUGUCAAGAGCGGUCGCUGGAUUAAGUUGUUUACGACCAGGGCAAUCCUUUUCUUCGUCUUGGUCUUCGUCGUAUUGUUCCUCCUUUUGAGGCCACUGCCAUUUUCACAAGAUCCAGGGCCCAUUGGCGACCCCAUCGCAUCUCCGCCCGACCAAAAGUUGCAACGGAGCAAGACCACUACUGUCGGGGCCGCGACAGUGAGGACUAUGUCUACCACGGAAACUGUUGUGGUAGAGAUCGAUGAUGAGGACGGGAAUUAUGAGUCUGGGCAGAGAUCCAAGGCCCCGUCUGUUACCAGGAAAACAGAGACACUCAUAGAGACAAUUUCUAGAAUGCUAGGCAGAGGGCAAGGCGAGGCUUCCCGUGGCGCUGAUGACGGCCAAAAGGACUACGUCAGCGAGAGCAGCAGCUACAGCGAAAGCAGUAGCACCAACGAAGAUGACAGCUCCACAGCUACAGGGGACGGUAUCGCCGCAAGCAUCUCGUCCAGAGUAGAAAGGGUCGCCGACAAUGCUGCAUCCGUAGCGCAUAAUGUCGCGUCUGGGGCGGAGGGCGCGGGCGCAAGCAUAGCUUCCGCGAAGGAUAAGGCCGCUACAAGUAUCAUGUCUGCAGCGGACAAGGCUGGCUCAAGCAUUGAGUCCGUAAAAGAGAAGGUUGCCGAGAGCUUCACGUCAGGAGCUGAUCGAGCUUCGGAGACUAUCGCGUCUAAAAUGGGCGGUCAUCAUGAUACUGGUGGUGGCGAUGAAGAGGUUGAUGCGCGCAGGAAGGCGAUGCACGAUUCGUGGGUCUCUUUCAUGGACGCAAAUAAUCACAAGCCUUCGCCCGAGAGAGACAGUAAAAAAACCAAGAAGAAGUCGACCAGACUAGAAUUUCCCGCCGAGGAACAAGCUGCGACAUCCGUCGAGACUAGCACUUCCGGUGAGAGCAAGGCGAGCAAGAAGGCCAGUGAGGGCAGUGAGGGUCGCUCCACCUACGAAAAAAGUGAUGCGACAUCAGUUGACAGCAGGAUUGUUUCUGAAGAAAUAAAAGCCGAGACGGCCACUGUUUCCAAAAACGAAGAUGGAACAAUCACCUCUCGGGGCGUCACGACUCAAAGAGUCGCAACACCGUCGGAGAAGAAGAAGAUGCAUACGACCACUGUGACGAUACCCUCGGAUUAUGUCAUCGAGGUCGUUCGUGGGCCGGCAUCCUCGACCUUGGGUUCAUUUACAAGGAUCUAUCAGACAGUGGAGCUUGCCGGCGAUUUAUUGCGUUUCCUUCUGGCGGGCUUCCGAACAUGGUUAUCUAUCUGGAUAGUCCUCGUUCCCUUAGGAUAUUGGCUUCGACACCAUGUUCGAAGAUACCCAUACGCGACCAUAGGAUCAGCGCUCCUGGUUAUUGGCUUUGCGAUGGGAGUGUUGCACAUCGACAAAGCGACCCACUUCACUAGGUAAUUGCAAUGAAACAUCGUAGCAACCGCCACUCCUCUCGACUUCGCCCUUCUGAUAAAGUCAAAAGGUGUCCGCGCCUGCGUAUCUGAUGAUUGGUGUGACCUGGCAAGACAUCAUACUCAACGGUGGCAGUGAGCAGUGGAUAUUCGGGACCGAUGGAUUUGUAUGGGCAGGUCAGCCAUGC